CAAAGUUGGCACAUCACUGAGUGCUGUCAUGUUUUGAUUUGUUGUGUAAUUUUUGUUCUAAAUUUUGUGUUGUAAUUCUUCUCAAGGAAUAAAAUGUCCGAACCAGAUUUACUGUCCCAAAAGACAUUAUCGACAACCCAAGAUGAUGUGAUGGGAAUGGAUGGAGCUUCAUCUGGGGAUGAGAACACUUCUAUAGUUGAAAAGAGAUGCUACGGUAAAAUCAAAGAACCAGACUUACUAUCCAACCAAGUCCUACCAUGCCGCACCUUCGUAUCUCCUCAAGAGAUGCAGAAGUGGUUUGGUGACAUGGAGCAGAGACAAGAUGGUAGAAUCACCGCACAGGAGCUGCAACAAGCUUUCGAGAUCUUCCAAGGGAGGUAUUUCUCGGACAGCGCCUGCAAAUUCGUUGUCAGACUCUUCGAUCUGGACCAGAACGGUGGUUUGGACAUUAGGGAGUUCGAGAUGCUGUACUAUUAUGUCAAACAGUGGGUCACAGCUUUCAACGCUUAUGAUAAAGAACGUACGGGGUUGUUAGAUGAAAGUCAACUGGAUUUUGCUCUUAAACAUAUGGAUAUACAUUUCUCUCGUGAUUUUAUCAGGUAUUUGAUCCAGAGGUAUAACCCGAAAGCUACCAAGAUGCCGUUGGAUAAGUAUAUUGUGACGUGUAUACAAAUACAGAGAUAUACGGAUGAAUUCAAGCAAAGGGAUACUGAGUUCACGGGUCAUAUCAAUGUUAAGUAUGAAGACUUCUUGGAGAUGGUCAUAAGGUGUAGCGUUUUGUAGUGUUGUGUCUCAAUAAAGUGUUGUGGAUGUGUG